AUGAAAUUAAAGAUAAUUUUGGAUUUAUUGAAAAAUCAGCAGGACGGGAUGCAAGAAGGGAAGCUUGAUGUGAGGGAGAUGAGUGGAGUGCUGGGGUUGCUGAAGCUGAUGAGGGAUGGCGAGGAUACACAGCAAAUGGGGGAGGUAAGGACAAGAAAGACGAUGUUCCAGAUGACCGCGUUGAAGGAGGUGUUUAAGAUCACGGCACAUCCAUCGAAAAUGACGAAGAUAGAUCUUGCGCUGAUGAUCAAGCUCCCGCUUAAGGCAGUGCAGAUAUGGUUUCAGAAUGAAAGGAGCAGGAAAGAGAAUCUGGAAAGGAGCAAGAUGCAGGCAGUAUCAAGAGGAAAGUCCGAAAGCAUAGACCCAAUGAGGCUUUUUGAUGUGAUAAUGAUGGCAGUGCGUAAGAACAAGGAGACCCUGGAGAGCAUUCAAAGAGGAUGCUGA